GCACAGACCAGGCCUGGCCAGGCAGCCAUGGCUGAUGAGAAGACCUUCCGCAUCGGCUUCAUCGUGCUGGGGCUCUUCCUGCUGGCCCUUGGCACGUUCCUCAUGAGCCACGACCGGCCUCAGGUCUACGGCACCUUCUACGCCAUUGGCGGCGUCAUGGUGAUUGGGGGUGUCAUCUGGAGCAUGUGCCAGUGCUACCCCAAGAUCACCUUCGUACCUGCUGACUCUGACUUCCAAGGCACCCUGUCCCCGAAGGCACUGGGCCUGCUGGAGAACAGGCUCGCUGCUGAGAUGAAGAGCCCCCAGCCCUCCUACGUCAGGCUGUCGGAGGACGCCACCUAUGACCAGAGCCUGCCCGACGUCAGCCACAUCCAGAUGAAGGUCACGGGCUACCAUGAAGACCCCCGCCCCAUCCUGGCCCCUGAACCGGAACGGCCACAGCCAGGAGACAGGGAUGGAGGAGAAGUCGGCCCGCGCGACCCUCAGGGCUGGUUGGAAGCCGCGGUGGUCAUCCACAGGGGCUUGGACCAGGACGAGAGAGAAAGAGACCCAAGUCAGGGCAGGCCCAGCCCCCCGACCUGUCCCCAGGGCCCUGCACCCUUGGCUUCCUUCCAAGAUGACCUGGACGUGGGCUCCAGUGAGGGCAGCAGCCCCAACCCGUCUCCACCUGAGGGGGCGGAGCCUCGGCCAGCACCACCAGAGCCCUGGGCCUGCAGGUGCCGGCUGGACCACUUCCACGACUUUGCCCUGAUUGAUGCCCCCACAUCGGAGGAUGAGGCUCCAGAGAAGCAGCGGCAGGAGGUGGCCCUGCCCAGCUCCUGGCAGUGGUCCCCAAGGACAAAGGAGGAGGAAGAGGAGGAGGCUUUGGACGCAGGCGCAGAAGAGCUGGAGCAGGAAGAGGCAGACUUAUACUAUGGGCUUCCCGACAGCCCCAGGGACCCCCUCCCAGACAAGGAACUGGGCUUUGAACCUGAUGCCCAGGGCUGA